AUGUUCUCCUGGGCUAAAGCCAAGCUCGGUCUGACUCGGACUAGUUCACACAAACGGCGGAAGAGCAAGGCUUCCUCGAAGGCCUCAGAACCUUCACCACCUGAUUCGAAGCCAGCUGCCGUUGGACCCUCAUCUGCAUCCAAUUCAAAGGCAUCCGAGACGGUUCCCAUCACGGAUGUCCAGUCCGCCCCGAAUGCUGGGAACGAUCAACUCAAUGGAGUGGAAGACAAUCAACCCACCGACCCUCAGACGCAGGCUGUCGUAAACGGUGACUCCAGGCCCUCUCAGGAGAUUGAGGGGGCCAUGACGAACAGGGAGCACCCUCCCACCCAGACAGUCCUCGAGCCUUCAUCGAGCCCCUCCCUAAAUAUCAUCGUCAUUGGGGCGGGGAUUGGGGGGCUCGCUACAGCAUUUCUUCUCGGAAAGGCGGGUCACAAAGUGACUAUUGUCGAAGCAGCUUCCCAGUUGGGCGAGGUAGGAGCAGGAAUUCAAUUGUCGCCCAACGUAACGCGUCUUUUGAUACGCUGGGGCGUCGGGGACAAGCUGGCAGAAAUUGCUGUAGUCCCUCAGAAUUUGACGUUAAGGCGAUACGAGAAUGGGGAAGUCGUUGGUUGGAUGGAGACAGGCCAAAGUCUCGAGAAGGCACACAAAGCCCCAUACUAUCACGUUCACAGAGCAGACAUCCACGGCAUACUCGCUGAGAUUGCAGAGCCUCAUGCUUCCAUCCGCUUGAACAGCCGCGUUAAAGGAAUCAAUCCUUCCAUACCAAGCGUGACGCUCGAAUCUGGAGAGACAAUCGCGGCAGACUUGGUGAUAGGAGCAGAUGGACUACACAGUAUAACCAGAGAUAUCGUUGUGGGGAAGAAGGACAACCCGACAGCCACUGGUGAUGCCGCCUAUCGAGCGGUCGUUCCUGCUGCAGCGUUGCUUGCAGAUCCAGAUCUGGAGGACCUCGUCAAAGAAGCCGGGGUGAACGUGUGGAUGGGACCAGGAAGGCAUAUCGUAGGGUACUGCAUUCGCAACAAAGAGCUUUACAACCUCGUCCUGAUACAUCCUGCUCACGAGGAUGACGAGAACGUUCGCGAAGUAGGUCUGGAGAGGAUGAAGGCCGAUUUUGAUCAGUUUGAACCAAGGGUCAGGAAGCUCCUGGAGCUUGUGACUUCAGCCAUGGUUUGGUCGUUAAAGGAUCGUCAGCCGCUUGAAUCAUGGGUGCAUCCAGAGGGUAAGAUCGAAGAUGCCGCCGUCCUCGCGAACCUCCUUUCCCGAUCUCCUUCGAAGAAAACGCUGCCCGCAGUCCUCAAAGCCUAUCAAGACCUCCGGCACUCACGGGCGACUGCGACGCAGACAGCGUCUCGACUUAACCAACACAUAUUCCAUCUGCCAGACGGCCCGGCACAAGCGAAGAGAGACGCGUCCAUGCGAGAGGCGAUGGAAGCUGCUUUGCGUGAAGCGAGGGGCGAGGAUAUCAGCGAUUGCGUUGGGAGCGCCAAUCUCUGGGCCGACAGGCAGAGAAAUAAAGAGGCUUUCGAUUACGACGCGGACGAGGAGGUCGAAAAAUGGUGGCAAGAUAACGGUGAUGCGCUGACGAGAGGCUGA